AUCAGCAUCGCAAGCAACCCCUUCCCUUCUCUCUCUCUCUCUCUCUCGCGUGGAGCUUUCUGCUAACAACAUUUCUUUUCUUCUCUCAAACGGCAAACCAUUUCCAACGACGCUCCUAUUUCCAAAAGAUUUUUUUUAAAAAAAAGGGUUCCGCUUUCACUACUUCUUCAUCAGCUUCAGAUCUGCGUCAAAGAUAUCUCUCUCACUUGGCAGAUCUCUCUCAAUUCACAAUUUCAUCUCUCGUAAACAAAAUCGAAGAAAAGAGAAGCGUGUGAUAAGAUCGGGAUUUUGUUCGAAUUUCGUUUUAUGUUCUCUUUUGGAUUUGAAUUCUCUCCUCCUUCGGUGGUGAUAGAUAGAUCUUGAAAAUUGGCUCCCCAAAGGCGAUCGCAGCGCCACAUGGGCGGCCAGAUGCAGCAAACCAAUGCUGCUGCUGCUGCUGCUACUGCAACCGCACUUUAUGAUCAUGCCGGCGCUGGUGGGUCCUUGGGUCCCACUAGUGAUGCUGGCGAUGCGGUUAUGGCUAGGUGGCUUCAGUCUGCCGGCUUGCAGCAUCUGGCCUCGCCCAUGGCUUCUACCGGCAUCGAUAAUCGCCUCCUCCCUAAUAUUUUAAUGCAGGGUUAUGGAGCGCAAUCUGCGGAAGAGAAACAGAGGCUUUUCAAGCUUAUGAGAAACCUCAAUUUCAAUGGAGAGUCUGUUCCCGAGUCUUACACCCCAACUGCCCAAACUUCAGCUGGUGUUUCUUCCUCGGAUGGCUUUUAUUCUCCAGAGUUUAGGGGCGAUUUUGGAGCUGGGCUUUUGGAUCUUCAUGCUAUGGAUGAUACAGAGCUUCUAUCUGAGCAUGUCAUCCCAGAACCAUUUGAUCCAUCACCAUUGAUGCCUGGUGCUUCAAAAGGAUUUGAAAAUGAUUUCAACGUGAAUAGUAGCAGGCAACAAAGAGAGCAAACUGAUGCAGAUCUGUCAGUUUCGUUCCCUACUAAUGAAAAAGAGAACAGCUCAAAGGAAAAUAAUGUGGCUAAAAUUAAAGUUGUGGUACGUAAAAGACCGCUGAACAAGAAAGAGCUUGCUAGGAAGGAGGAUGACAUUGUAACCGUGUAUGACAAUGCUUUGACUGUCCAUGAGCCCAAGCUAAAGGUAGAUUUGACUGCAUAUGUCGAGAAGCAUGAGUUCUGUUUUGAUGCUGUUCUAGAUGAGCGGGUCACCAAUGAUGAGGUAUAUCGGGUUACUGUGGAACCAAUCAUCCCCACCAUUUUUCAGCGAACAAAAGCCACAUGUUUUGCAUAUGGUCAGACAGGUAGUGGUAAGACAUUCACAAUGCAGCCCCUGCCUCUUAGAGCUGCUGAAGACCUUGUUAGAUUGUUGCGUCAGCCAGUUUAUCAUAAUCAGAGAUUCAAAUUGUGGCUUAGCUUUUUUGAAAUAUAUGGUGGAAAACUCUUCGACCUUCUCAGUGAAAGAAAGAAACUUUGUAUGAGAGAAGAUGGUAGGCAACAAGUUUGCAUUGUUGGACUGCAAGAAUUUGAAGUUUCUGAUGUACAAAUUGUCAAGGAAUAUAUUGAGAGGGGGAAUGCUGCUAGAAGUACAGGAUCUACUGGUGCCAAUGAAGAAUCUUCAAGAUCACAUGCUAUUUUACAACUCGCAGUUAAGAAGCACAGCGAAGUAAAGGACUCCAGGAGGAACAAUGAUGUGAAUGAGUCUAAAAGUGGAAAAGUAGUUGGGAAAAUUUCAUUUAUUGAUCUUGCUGGCAGUGAACGAGGCGCAGACACCACUGACAAUGACCGGCAAACAAGGAUUGAAGGUGCAGAAAUCAACAAGAGCCUUUUGGCUCUCAAGGAGUGCAUUCGUGCUCUCGACAAUGACCAGAUCCAUAUACCAUUCCGAGGGAGCAAGCUCACAGAAGUACUCCGUGAUUCUUUUGUGGGCAACUCUAGGACAGUUAUGAUCUCUUGCAUAUCCCCAAAUGCCGGAUCAUGUGAACAUACACUCAAUACAUUGAGAUAUGCAGAUAGGGUUAAAAGUCUUUCUAAAAGUGGAAAUGCAAAAAAGGAUCAGGCUGUAAGUUCAUUACCACCAACUAAUAAGGAUGCUUCCUCUACAUCAUCUCUGCCAGUCUCUGCUGAUGUUGAUGGUGUUUAUGAGCAACAAGAGGUCAAAGUGCCAGAUAUGGGUAGAAGGGUUGUGGAAAAAGAAACUCCAUCCUUCAAUCAUACUGUUGAUUAUGAUAAACAGCCCUCAAGUUUUCCAUCAGGUUUUUCAUACAACGGACGAGAAGAAAGCGGGUUGACUUCUGGCUUAGCAGACAGGGAGAGGUAUGAAAGUAACAGUUCCUUUGGUGGCUUGACUAGUCAAAAGGUCCAUUCAUUGUACACCCAGCACUCAGUUGAUACAGAAGAGAAAGCGCCGAAGGUGUCACCAACCCGCAGAAAAGGAUCCAGAGAAGAAAAAUCAGGGAACUGGUUGAAAAAAGAUGGCAGUGGACCUGAUCCCCCCACUGGAAAUUCAAAGCAGCAGAAUACAGGUAACUUAAGUGCAAGUAACACUGGACCACGACAGUAUGAACCUUAUCCUCCCCCUGAUGGGAAUAUAAAUGCAAUACUAGAGGAAGAAGAGGCCCUAAUCGCUGCUCAUAGAAAAGAAAUAGAGGAUACAAUGGAGAUUGUUCGUGAAGAAAUGAAACUGUUGGCGGAAGUUGACCAACCAGGCAGUCUGAUUGACAACUAUGUGACCCAGUUGAGCUUUGUGCUCUCGCGCAAAGCGGCUGGCCUGGUAAGCCUUCAAGCACGCCUUGCUAGGUUCCAGCAUCGACUAAAGGAACAGGAGAUACUUAGUCGGAAGAGAGUUCCUCGUUAAUGCAGCACUUGCGUUGCCUGCUACGCCCGAGGCAUCCUGCCCUGUCUUUCAGCAAGCGGGGGAAUGGUGUUUGGUUUUUGUCAGUGUCUAAUGCAACCAACUGGACUACACAUCGACUGUGCUCAAGGACAAAUGUUGCUGUUGAAAUCCUGGCUUUUGGCUGUUGUGGCGGUGGGGAUUCAUGUUCAUUGAUGUUAAUGGGUGUGUUAAACGAGAUUGUGUGGACGAGUUUGAUGACAUGUAUGGGUUUGUGGCUUGGGAUGUUGUUCGAGGUAAGUUUCAGGAAAUUGAAAUUAAAAAAAAAAAAAAAAAACCAGAUUGAAAUAGAUACUGUAUGAUUCCUUGGUCUUCUGCAAUUACCUUUCUUCCAGUUAUGAACCGGAUUGCUCCUUGAGCUAACUCAACAUUGUAUUUAAUCGUUAAUAGGAAAAGAGAAUUUCAAGCAA